UGCUGUUUCGUGUGUGUCCAUCAGAUGUCACUGUCAAAUGAAAUGAAGUAUUAGCUUCACUUCUCCUUUUAUUAAUCUCUCUCUCUCUCUCUCUCUCAGAGGAAGUGGGCGUCUCCGUCACAUUCAGCACUUCAUGUUAAACUUGUAACCAGGAAAGAAACACUCAAAACUCAUCUGAACACACAUCGAGAGCUUCAGAAGAACUGAAUCUACUGACAACAGAGAAGAUCAUUUAAUAAGAGAGAAGAAUGAAGAUCAUCUUGACUUUCACUCUGCUGAUGAUUCCUGGUGUCGUGAGGUCCAUGAGCGUUACAGGAUAUUCAGGGUCUGAAGUCAACAUCACAUGCAAAUACAGUAAAGGAGAUACAGCAAAAGCAAAGUAUUUUUGUAGAGGAAAGAAGCCAAAUAAACCAAAGUCUGGACGGUGCUCUGAACUCAUCAGGACUAAUGAGAAUGAGAAAGAUAAAUGGGUUCAUUCUGGAAGAUUCUCUCUGUAUGACGACACAAGAUCAGCAGUCUUCACUUUGACCAUCAGAAAUCUGAGUGAACUGGAUUCUGGGAUGUACCAGUGUGGAGUUGAUAGAAUUAGAGGAAGAGAUUCAUACACUGAAGUGAAUCUGAAAGUUACAACAGAGACAGACUAUCACAGAACAACAUCAUCAUCAUCAUCAUCAUCAUCAUCAUCAGUAUCAGUUAAAUCUCCAGAGAUCUCAUCUGUGUCUCCAGGCUCUUCUCUGGUGGUCAGUGUGUCUGUGGUUCUGCUGCUGAUCAUCAUUGGACUCGUGUUUGUGAUCUGGACUGUCUGCAGGAGGCGUCAGUCGAACAACGCUGAUUCCUCCUCCAAAAGAUCUCAUGCGACUUCAGCAAACAAUGAAGAGGUUUCUCACACUGGUUUUGAUUACAAGAUUAAAGAAACUCACAGACAUUUACUCACAAACCCCUCUGAUUCAUCUAUCUGUGUUUACGAUACAGUUGAAAAAGCCACUGCAUCUCAGCUCUGCAUCACAUCUGCUGAGGAUCUGAAUUACACAGUGGUGAAUUUCCACCAGAUUUUCAGACUGUCCUGACAGUGUCUUAUUUUGUCUUAAGUGUCUUAAGUUUUUAUAAUUAUGUUUUAAUUUUCUGAGGUAAAGGUAAAAUGUGUAUUGUUAUUUUAAAUGUA